CUCGGCAAGAAAUGGUACCAUUAUUAUACUUCACUAUAGCAGCAGCGAUGUCUUAGGCGAUGCGCGGCGUUGGCUGGAGAUCUUCUGAUGCUGGAUCGCUCGUUCGGCAAAAACGUCACGGACCUUGCAACUGCGCCAGUGGUCUAAGUCUGACCCACGUAGUGGCAGACAAACGUAAGUAUGUACCGGCGUUUUGCAUCCUACGAGUCCUGGACAUGCCACCGCAACGUGGCGUUUCUGUAUGUCGCACGUUGACAAAGAAGAGGAGAUUGGAACAUAAAUGUUGGCGGCGUGCUGUGCUCGCUGUAAAACAUGCUCUCCAGGACAUUGCAGUGCCUGUCAGGUGAUAUAAUAUGGAGUCUCAUUCUCAGGACUCAAGCAACAAGAGAAAGGCGCAAUCUUGUCUUGCACCGCUACACUAAACGCG